AUCUACUAAUAAAGACGUGCGCCUAAACAAAAAUGUGCUCAUGUUUAGGGGGGCAAGGCGACCCUGAAAAUCUCCAGAAACUGCUCAAAUUUGACGUGCGGAACGCCCACUCCCUUCUGGCCAAACACUUCACCACGGAUGUCCUCAACGACCUCAAGCGGAAGAAGACCAAGUUCGGCGGCACGUUGGCCCACUGUGUCCGGGCCGGAUGUCUUUGUCCGGAGGAGACCGUGGGGUUUCUGGCCUGUGACCCCGACGCCUACACGACCUUCAACUCGCUCAUUGACCCGAUACUCUUGGAAUAUAACAACCUGACUCAACUCAAACACCCGAAGCCAGCGUUCGUCAGUGAGGAGAGCCUGGAGUUUGAUUUCUUGGACACUUCCGGUCAGUUCGUCCAGUCAACACAGCUGACCAUCAUGAGGAACUUCAAGGACUUGCCGUUUGCUUCUCUCAUGAAGAGGGAGCACAGGUCUGAAGUGGAGAAGAGAUGCAUCUGUUGUCUGUCCCUGAUCACUGGAAACCUGAUUGGAUACCACUACACGAUCGGCCAGAUCAACCCCGAGGUCAAGGACGUCCUGGAACCGUACGGUCUCGUCAUCAAGGAGACCAGCGAGUUCCACAGAACGGCCGGCGCCUACCGCAUGUGGCCCGCCUCCCGCGGUAUGUACUACAGCGAGAGCGGCCAGUGGGUGGCCUGGAUCAACGCCGACGACCACCUGCGGCUGACCACCUUCGCCAAGGACAGCAACCUCAAGGAGCUGUACCGCAGGCUCGUCGAGGUCAUGAAGUUGUCCUUCACUAAGUUCGGCAGCGUUUACAACGCGCAUUUCGCCAAACAAGAGGGAUAUGGAUACUUGACCUUCUGCCCUAGCAACCUGGGCACUGCCAUGAGGGCAUCUGUCCACAUCAGGAUCCCAUACCUGUCUCAGUCUCCAGACUUUCACCACUUUAUAAACAAGCUGAACAUGGACGUGCGAGGCAUUGACGGCGAACACACCGAGUCACGUGAUGGGGUCUUCGACAUCUCCAACAAACGGCGGCUGGGGUUGACUGAGCUCGAGCUGCUGAAGGAGUUCAAGGACGGAGUCUUGAAGGUCAUCGAGGAGGAGAAGAAACUCAGCGAAGAGUAGACUAUCCCAAGGUUACAACACCAGUGGGGUCAAGGUCGCGGUUUGGAACGUUGAGUGGGGGUGUAUUAAGGUCACAGUGGGGAAUAGAGUAUCUCAAGGUCACAUCUGGGGGGUUAUAAUAUGAGUAAAAUGCAGGUCAGGGACGUGUCAAGGUCACAUGUAGAGGAGAUUUUGGACAUUUCAAGGUCAUUCAUGGGCAAGUUGGACAGCACACGAGUGAAAUUUACCUUGACAUUUACUUGACUAUACCAGUACAGCUUUUUAUACAAAUAUAUAAUUUACCUCGGAAAAUAUUUACGAAUAAUUUACCCUUUAGUGAUAAAGUUUACCUUUGUUAGGUGGGCGGGGAUGGCGUAGUAACGUAUGGAAAUAAUUGAUGUUUUUAUAUAAUGGCUUAUCUAUACAAUAAACUGGUG